AUGUGGUUGAAUUUCGACGAUGCAUCUCAAUUGGAUAUGAAAGGGGUUCCAAUUGUGGUUGGGGGUGGUGCGGAACCAGGUGUAUAUCCAUCCGGUGGUCCAUGCCCUCACCUAUUCGAUGUAUGGCGGCGCAAUACCCAAAACCUAGACUUUCUCGCUCCGGACCUCUACCUACACGACUACACAACUAUAUGCCAUUAUUACACCGAACAAAGAAACCCGCUUUUCAAUCCUGAACAGCGACGUGACGAAAAGGGGGCUCGGAGAAUGUGGCUGGCUCAUGCUACAUAUGGAGCUCUUGGUACAAGCCCUUUUGGAAUUGAUACUGGAGCCGAGAUUUCGGGUCGCGAAUUUCGACUUCUUGCUCAGGUUUCUCCGUAUCUCUUGGGCGCCGCUCCGGAGGAUCGUAUGGGUUUCUUCUUCGACGAAGAACCUUCUGAAAAGCUUCCCGAAAGGUGGGUACGAGUUUUCGGAGACAUUGAAGUCAUCAUUGAGAGGGCAUUUGUAUUCGGAAAACCUGGUCCAGGGGCCGGAAUGGUUUUUCAUCUUGGCGAUGCUAAGUUGCUUGCGGUAGGGCGAGGUUUCCAGGUCAGGUUCAGGCCUGUGCCUAAGGAAUCUACUUUUUGUGGAAUUCUCCACGCAGUGGAAAAGGAAGUUAAUUAUAAAGGGCAAUUGCAAACCUUGAGAAUACUCAAUGGCGAUGAGGCGACAAGUGGAGAGUUCUUGAUCAUGCCUAAUGAUGAGCCUGAUUAUGGAGGAUUCCCGAUUGCAGUUACAAUUCCAGCGAAAACAUGCAUUGCUGAAGUCGAAGCAUAUUAUGUGAUCGAAGACGAUGAUGAUUGA